AUGUCCAGCAAGUCAAAAUCAUAUUGUUCUACAGGAAAGAUGUUUGCAACUAAUGGAUGGUUUUAUCCAAUAGUUGGUAUGGCGACAUUAGUUGCUUUCAUUUACAUGUCAUUUGGUGGUGAAUUUAACAUUAGAAUUAGUGUGAUUGAGGAACCAAAUUAUAGUUUUGUUGAAAGGGUUGGGAAUCAGUUUAUGUUGGAUGGAAAACCCUUUUAUGUUAAUGGUUGGAACUCUUAUUGGUUAAUGGACCAUGCUGUUGAUGGCUUCAGUAGGCCAAGAGUGAAAGAAAUGCUUCAAGCUGGAUCUAAAAUGGGUCUAACUGUGUGUCGAACUUGGGCUUUUAAUGAUGGUACCUAUCAUGCUCUCCAGCUUUCUCCUGGUGUGUUUGAUGAGCAAGUUUUUCAGGCUUUGGAUUAUGUGAUUGCCGAAGCACGAAAAAGUGGAGUAAGACUGAUUUUAAGUUUAGUUAACAAUUUGAAAGCAUAUGGUGGAAAAACACAGUAUGUGAAGUGGGCUUGGCAAGAGGGCAUUGGGAUUAGCUCUUCCAACGAUUCUUUCUUUUACGAUCCAUCUAUUCAGACGUAUUUCAAGAAUUAUAUCAAGACAGUACUUACAAGAAAGAAUACCAUUAACGGGAUUGAAUACCGCGAUGAUCCCGUGAUUUUUGCUUGGGAAUUAAUCAAUGAACCACGUUGCAUGUCUGAUCCGACAGGUGACACUCUUCAAGAUUGGAUCAAGGAAAUGUCCGAAUUUAUAAAGGCAAUUGAUGAGAAGCAUCUGGUUACCGUAGGCCUUGAGGGAUUUUAUGGUCCCAAGAGUGCUAAGUCAUCUCUAAACCCCUCAGAAUGGGAAGCCACUAUUGGAACUGAUUUCAUACGCAACAAUGAUUUACCAACUAUUGAUUUUGCUUCUGUUCACAUGUAUCCUGAUCAAUGGCUGUUAGUGGAUAAUCUUGAAGAAAAAUUGGAGUUUGUCAGGAAGUGGGUGUCCUCUCACAUUGACGAUGGUGAUAAACAACUUAAGAAGCCUGUAAUGUUGACUGAAUUUGGGCUGUCAAGUCAAAACAAGGACUUUGAUCCUUCACACCGAGAUAGGUUGUUCAAACUUGUUUUUGAUAUCAUAUACAAGUCUGCAAAAAAGAAUGGGUCUGGUGCUGGUUCCCUUAUUUGGCAGCUCUUUGUAGAUGGAAUGGACGAUUUUCAUGAUGAUUUCGGGUUAAUCCCAUGGAAAAAGCGAUCCACUUAUGACCUGAUAGCUGGACAGUCGUGCAGGUUGGCUUUAUUGCAUCAACGUUCGAACUUGCUAGGAAGUUUGACAGAUCUGUGUCGGCGAUCGUGAAUUGUUUAGAACUGCAAGAAAAAUCAUGAUGUUGGUGGCCAUUGUGAACAAGAAUCAUCUAUGACAUCCUUGCAAGUUUGAAGGUCAGAAAUUCGGACGAGGGCAGUUUGGAGGUGGAGGCAUGAUAUCACCAUGUAUAUUGUCAAUGAAUAGAAACUCGUUUUGCCUAGUAGUUUUUGAAAUGUUUUGAUUCUCUUUUAUUUGAUUACCCCAUAAUUUUCAUUUAUUUUUUAUUUUUAUUUUUAUUAUUUGUUUACAACAUUACCCUACCACAUCUUUGUUUAAGAAGGCUUUUAGAUUUAUUUACGCAAAGUUGAUUUGUCACGAAGAAAGGAUUUGGGAACAACUUGGAUGUGUCGGUGGCCUCGGUGCAGUUUGUAUAAAUGUAAUAUGCAGUACCAAUUUUGAUUUGAGUUUGUAUACCUGAUUAUGGGCCUGCUCUGAUUUACUGAACUAAAUUGUAAUUUUGUGAAAUUCAAAAUUAUAUUUUGACA